AUGGCGUCGUCACCGCGGACUCCCGGGCAUAGCAGGGACCCUUCGAACGUCGACCUCUCCCCUGCAACGCCCCUCGCUGAUGGCAGUCACUCGAGACAGCUUUCUAAAUCCUCGAUGCACUCGCCCAGUACACCGGGUCGGCCAGGUUACAAUCGGUCAGAUUCUAUUGGGGGAGAUGGCUUUGACGGCGGUGGGGGCGCCCCGUCCAAUGGUCUAGGGAAUCUCGCGGACGAGUUGGCGGAUGCUUGGGGGGAGGAUGAUGAAGAAGGAGAGGAAGAUGAGGAGCCGGAUAUGAAUUUUCAGGAAGUCGGAGAUGAGGGAGAGGCGGUAGGGGAGAAUGGUGCGGAGCCUACUUCACCGAUAGAAGAGCAACCGCCGCCCAAAUCUGAUACCUUGACGACUCCCGCAGGAGGGCGGGGCCACCGAAGACAACCCAGCGAGUAUGAUGGAAGUGACUAUGGGGGGAGUUCAGAUGUGGAGUCGCCGGGCAUGCCUCCGGGACUGGUAUCCAGGAUAGAUAUGGUGGAAAGUCUGGCUCGGCGGGGGACUGAGAAUAACGGCGGAGAGCGAGACGGCGUUGUCAAGAGAGUAAUAGAGCAACUGAAAGACCUGGGCGGACAGUCAGGAGUAGAGAGUGGUGCCGCAAGACUCAUCACAGCGCACUCGGCGCUAUCCACACACUUGCUUCACCAGACCCGGCUCUUACAAUCCUUAGCAUAUCCCCUAUUCUCACCUAUGACCAUAGCCCCAGACGAAGAAUUCAUCGACGACCUGAUGCCCCUCCUCGUCACGCUCGGCGACUCCAUGCCCCGCCCCACGACCAGCGCCUUCACCUCCCUCACCCAACUACACAGCCUCACGACCGACCUCGUGCAAACGCUCAACUACCUCUCGGACACGCUGCACAUGUCGCGGCAGACCACGACGACGGCCACGCGGCGCCUGCGCAGCGCCCGCGAACUCGUCGCCGAGAUGCGCAAGGAGGAGGACGCCCGCGAACAAGGCGAGCGCUGGCUCAAGCGCGGCAACUGGUCUGAGCGCCUCGGCAACCGCGAGUGCGCCGGCGUCUGCGGUGAUGUCGUCGGCGGCUUUGAAGAGGUCUGUAAUGGCUGGCGGGCGAGACUCGUCGCGCAGGCCGAAACCGUGAGUGCCUGA